UUCAGACAUGGAUUGUACAUUGACAAAGAAAUACACCUAUAAAAAUAAUUACUCCGGAGCACAGGCAGCCUCCAUCGCGAGGAGGAACGCUCGCGAGAGGAAUCGCGUGAAGCAAGUAAAUGACGGAUUCAACGCUUUAAGAAAAAGAUUGCCUGCAGCGAUCGUUAACGCGCUGUCCGGCGGAGCUCGCCGGGGCUCCGGUAAGAAGCUGAGUAAAGUAGACACAUUACGGAUGGUCGUCGAAUACAUAAGGUACCUGGAAAAUAUGAUAGAAGAUAGCGACGCGACUUUGGGUAUCAGUCUGAAAAGUCAAGUUGUGAUGGAUACUUCUCCACAUAGUGAAGUCGACGAAGGAAUCUUUGGCGGAAGGAACUCGCCAUACUCCGACUCAGUGCCGUCCCCUACUAACUCAGAGUGUUCAUCUGGUGUAUCUACGAGUUGUUCUACGACUGACGAUUACUAUCAAGGCGCCCGCUGUACCGAGGUACCUACUGUGGACGAUAAUGAGUUACUAGAUGCAAUUACGUGGUGGCAGCAGAAGUAG